GCCACCUUUGCACUGCAGGAACAGUUUCGGUUUUGACAUGAAACGUCGCAGGAUUUUUUGAACAGGGGAAGAAUUUCUGUUGCUAGGAAGGAAGGUAGCCAAGGGGACUGUUUUCUUAGCAGCAUGCUCCUGCCACUAUUACACAGCUGGAGUUGGAAACGGUUAAUUGUGCAAGUGGGGAGCCAGGCUUCCGGUGAAUUAGCGAGCGAGGCGGGGGGUGGUGGAUUUAUUUUGCUUGAUGUUUUCUCAGUUUCUGGGUGUGGGUUUCCCCUACUGAGUUUCCUGUCAGAGCAGCGGAGAGCCCAGUAACAGGCAGGCUGCUGUUCUAUCCCCAGCUCUCUGGGUCCAGACCUUAGCCCCACCCCAUAGAGCUGCCAUCCUGACCCCCUGGGGCAUGGCUCCUUGGGCCAACACUCUCUUGGUGUCUUCCUGGAUCCUGCAUUUUUGCUCCAUCACCUCAGCAGGGCUGCACCGUCUCUCCUUUCUCCAGCUCGUCACCCCGCAGGCGGCCCCUGGUCUGCUCAAGAGGCUGAGUGCCCUGAGGGUGGACGACCUGCUGCUCUCCGUCUAUGACAGCGACAGCGGCAGACUAGUUCCUCGCAACAGCUACAGUCAGGACAGGCAGGACUUUUGGAAUCAGAGCAGCACUCAGUGCCUGUCCUGGGACUCCUGGAUGCAGACCACAUAUCAGAUCCUGGUGCGGGAGGUGAACACCAGCGCCCCACAGGCCGAGCCGUACUACAUGCAAGUUUUGAAGAACUGUGAGCUGGACGAUGCCACCCGUGUCAUCAGAGCCAUCACCCGCUAUGCCCUCAACGGGGAGGACAUGCUGCAGUACCUGGGGAACCACAACCGCUGGAUCUCGGUGCAUCCGGCGGCCUGGCCACUGACCGAGCGCCUGAACCAGAGAGGGGGGAGCAAUCCUGUGAUAAGUCACAUCAGCCUGCAGCGAUGCGCGGCCUUGCUCAAGGCCACCAGGAGUUUCAUCGCUCAGAAGACAGCCCGGCCCACAGCCCGUGUGGCCCUCAUCCCAGGGAACCAGACCCAGCCACGACGCCUCGUCUGCCAUGUGACGGGGUUCUACCCGCCCUCCAUUGAGGUGACCUGGGAGCAGCGGGAUCAGGGGGAGCAGCUGAGCAGUGGGAUCCAACCCAACGGGGACCCCACUUUCCAGAUCCAGGUGUCCACUGAGCUGGGACAGGAGGGAGCCGGCCCCGAAGAGCACGUGUGUGUGGUGAGACACAGCAGCCUGGGGAACACCCCCCUGAGGGUGACCUGGGCCCGGCCCACAGCCCGUGUGGCCCUCAUCCCAGGGAACCAGACCCAGCCACGACGCCUCGUCUGCCAUGUGACGGGGUUCUACCCGCCCUCCAUUGAGGUGACCUGGGAGCAGCGGGAUCAGGGGGAGCAGCUGAGCAGUGGGAUCCAACCCAACGGGGACCCCACUUUCCAGAUCCAGGUGUCCACUGAGCUGGGACAGGAGGGAGCCGGCCCCGAAGAGCACGUGUGUGUGGUGAGACACAGCAGCCUGGGGAACACCCCCCUGAGGGUGACCUGGGAUUCUCAGCGCCCGGGCUGGCCUGGUGUCCUGGGGAUCAUGGCUGGCUGCAUCCUCACUGCCCUGGCAAUUGGGGUCCUGGGAUUGUUACUGUGGAAGCGGCCAGGAGUCUGGAUGGGGAUGUAUCGCCGGGUACAGAUACAGCCAGGGACCCACAUCUGCUCCAGCCACGACUAGUUCCUCAUCCAUUGGACUGUCUUGAUCAGAGGGCACUGAGUGACCAGGCAAAAGUUGUCUCUGCAAUGCCAUUGGCUUGGACAGGGACACGUGUAUCAUCCCCAGCAAAGGGGAGGUGCUGGGCGGUUGCGGACAAGGCCACUACCCCUGAGGUUACAGAGUAGGAGGUUUCUAUUCACCCCCUGUUCACACUGGCUGGGCAAGCUGGGCACCCCCCCUGCAUCCAUUCCCCGUGUGGCUACGGGUCCAUCGGCGCCGUCUACCAAUCCUGGGUACACAAGCUGACUGAGCAAAACGGCCCUGUCCCACGAGGCCUUUUCCAGGCCAGGAGUUGCUGCUGGAAGCCGGAGCCUGCUGGGACUGGGAUCUCGCCGGCUGCUGCAGGGGCUGAUGGGAAUUGUCCCAGGCGGGAGAGGCCCUGACAGAGAAGGGCUGCGGAGAAGGUGCUGGGAGUCUCUGGGGCUGUUGGCAAA